AUGGCAUUGGUAAAUGGUUUAUAUGUUGUUCAGGGAGAGGCAAAUGCUGUACUAGCUCUUUUACGUAAAUUCAGAAGAUCACAAACAAGACAACAACUUCCUUUAUUGGAUGAACACAAUCCUUUAUUGAGGAAUUUUGCUGAUUUAAGAGAUGUUUUGAAUAAGGUUAACGACCUCAGUGAAAUCCAAUUUGACACAUUUAUCAGCCCAUUCCUUGAAGUUAUAAAAUCAGAUGCUACUGACGGGCCCAUAACUGCUAGAGCACUUUCUGCAAUUGAAAAAUUUAUUUCUUAUGGUUUAUUAUCUUUCAGCAAUAUAAGAAUAGCUGGUGCUGUUCAGUCAAUUUCUGACGCUGUGACUAAAGCUAAAUUUAUUGGUACUUCAAAGGCUGGAAUUGAUGAGUGUGUUCUUUUUCAGAUUUUACAGACCCUCCGUUCCUUGGUUUUAUCUCCGGGAGGUCGACAUCUAAGCAAUGCAACAGUUUGCGAAAUUCUUCAAUGUUGUUUUCGUAUCGGCCUUGAGCAGUUAUUGCCUGAACUUUUACGUGUUGCUGCAGAAAGUGCUUUGGCAGAUAUGUGUAGACAUUUAUUUGCUGCAAUGCCAACAUUUGAACAAGAUAUAAGAAUGGGACUAAAAGAACUUAUGAGAUUUUUAAUUGCUCUUUGUAAUCCACAUGAUCGCACAAAUCUUCCUCAAAUGAUCCUUAUGGGACUUCACCUCUUAACUGUUGCAUUCGAAACUGGAAAUGAAUUUUUUAGAGAAAAUGAUUCAAUUCUGCCGUUAUUAGAAGAUGAAUUGUCACAUACCCUUUUACAAUUAUUGGGAACACAAAAAUUAAAAAUAUUUGCUGCUACUAAUAGAGUGUGUUUUUUGUUAUUUGAAACUCUUAGACCACAUUUAAAAUUCCAAAUGGAAGCUUAUUUUAUUAAAUUGUCACAAAUAAUUUCUUCAAAUGCCUACCCUACUCAAUUACAACAGCAAAAAAUAAUUGAACAACAAAAUGGAGGUGGAAGAACAACAAAUAAUAACAAUAUUACUAGCAGUUAUGAACUUAGAGAAUUGGCAUUAGAAGCGCUUGUUGACAUGUGGAGAUUGCCUAAUUUAGUCUCUGAGCUUUACCUCAAUUAUGAUUGUUCACUUUAUUGCUCGAAUUUAUUUGAAGAUUUGGUCCGAAAUCUACUGGAAAAUGCUUUCCCUAGUGGACCACUCCUUUCAACACACAUCCUCUCCGUUGACACAGUCCUCAUUGUUGUUGACUUUAUUGAACGUAAUUGUACUGCACGGCAACAACAACAAAGAAGCAUUGCAUUGGCGAGAAGUUUAGAUGGAUUAAGUACUGAUGAAUUUGCGGGAAAGAUUGGGAGUGAAUCAAAAGGAGAUUAUAACGAGACGGCCGCCUCAGCAAUUACAUGUCACAUAUCCAAUCAACCCGAAUCAACUAAUCAAUUAUCUCCACCAACACUGGCAGAAUUAAUCAGUGUGAAAAAGCAAAAACGUCUAAUGACUGAAGGCACUGAUUUAUUCAACAGACAUUCCCCACAAAAAGGAGUUGAAUUUCUUUGUGAUAAGGGAUUGCUGAAAAAUCCAAUGGAUCCAAAGGAUGUUGUUAAUUGGUUGCGUCAAAAUCCAAAAUUAGAAAAAUGUAAAAUUGCCGAGUAUAUUUGUCAUAGAAAGAGACCAGAAGUUCUUCGUGCCUUUGUUGAAUCUUUUGAAUUUCAUGGCCUUAGAUUAGAUUUGGCAUUGAGACAAUUUCUUGAAACUUUCCGUCUGCCUGGUGAUGCUGCAGAAAUUGAUAAAAUCAUCAAUCAUUUUUCUGAACACUGGCAUAAUUCAAAUAACCAACCAUUUGAACAUGUGGAUGCCGCCUAUACACUUGCCUAUGCAAUAUUAAUGUUGAACACAGACCAACAUAACCCUCAAGUACGGCGAAAUCAGACAUUAAUGAGUGUGGAAGAUUUCAAACGCAAUUUGUCUGGAACUAACCAUGGGAAGGACUUUGACCAAGAAAUGCUGGAACAAAUCUACAAUGCUAUAAAAAGUGAAGAAAUUGUAAUGCCUGCUGAACAAGUAGGUCAAGUACGCGAGAAUUAUCUUUGGCGUGUUUUGAUGCGACGCAGUCAUACUUCUGAAGGUCAUUAUUGGCAAAUGUCAAGUGUACAAAGUUGGAAUGAUCGAGAUUUAUUCUGCGUUUUAUGGGGACCUUUAACUGCUUCAUUGCAUUAUGUUAUGAACAAAACCGCAGAUGAUACAAUUCUUACGAAAUGUAUGGGUGGUUAUAGAAAAUGUGCCUCAAUAGCUGCCCAUUUUGGAAUGACUGAUGUAUUUGAUACACUAAUAAUUCAUUUAUGUAAAACUGCUAUAUCUGUUUGA